AUGGUAUGGCUUAAAUCAGCAUCAGGUGUCUACACUGCAAAGUCAGGCUACAAGGCACAUGCAGAAACGACGAUCACUGAAGAGGCACCUGCUCCUGAAACAAACCAUGAUUGGUUAGCUAACGUUUGGAAACUAAAAACUACAGAGAAAAUAAAGGUAUUUCUGUGGAAUUCCCUACAUGAUGCUUUGCCAGUAGGAGAACAAUUUGCAAUCAGGAAUAUUCCUCCAGCAAUUCGAUGCCCACAAUGCAAUGAGGUCGAGUCAAUAGCCCAUAUGCUCUUCACAUGUAACUACGCAAAGAAAGUCUGGACCUUGGCUCCUCUAGCUUCGAGCUUCAAACCGUGCCCCUCUAUAACUACUGGUAACGGAUUGGAGCUCCUCCGACGGAUACCAUCUCUCCCUCCCAUUGGUGUGGGACCAGGUACGCUAUCUGCUUCGAUCUGCUGGAAUUUAUGGAUCUCCAGGAACCAAUUGAUCUUUCAGAACCGAGCAUUCACUCCAGAGGAGACUCUGUUGAAAGCGAUCCGAGAAGCUCGAGAAUGGGCCUUCUCUCAAGAUCAACUCCCUAAACCCCAAUCAAGUUCAACCCGUAUCGCCCAGGAUCCUACCCUAGACCCAAUUCGAACAUGCACGUACACGGAUGCCGCUUGGAAUCCAGUAUCUAAAUGUGCUGGUCUUGCUUGGAUCAUCGAUGAUGCUGGAUCAUCCUCUUCUCACUCAGCGACCGAUACCUUCGUAGCGUCGCCCCUAAUGGCGGAAACGUUGGCGUUCCGAAACGCCAUGAAAUCUGCUCUCCAUCUUGGGAUAAACUCUCUCCUGAUACUCUCCGAUUCACAGACGCUUGAAAUGGAUUUUUCAAGAGUCCAAGAUUCAAAUCAAUAUAGUAUUUUAGAUGUCAAUCCAUUUUUAAGUGUUUCAAUUCAAAGAGAAUUCAGGUUCAUACGUAAGCUAAAUGCAAUCAAUGUAAUGAGGUGA